GUCGGAGAAAUCCGUGUCACGUGCAUCUCAAGUUACUUUGCUGUGGUUGCUCACUAGUCACUAGUCACUCCUGGAAAUUUUAUCUACUUUUCUGCUCGACAGAGAAGAUGAGUUCGGCCACGGUGCUUUGCCAGAGUUCCAAUUGUCCACAUGGGCACCCACCAUCACGGCUCGAGUGCCCCACGUGCAAUAAGCUGGGUAUUCGCGGUUCCUUUUUCUGCGGACAGGAAUGCUUCAAAGGCAACUGGAAAACCCAUAAAAUCAUCCACGAUCUCGCACGUUCCCCAGCUACUGCGGCGAACCCAUCACAAGACGGCACUUUCCAUCCUUUCCCAAACUUCGAUUACGCGGGUACUCUAAGACCCGUAUACCCCCUCUCUCCAAAGCGUGAAGUUCCAGAAUAUAUUCCACGUCCUGACUACGCAACACACGAAGAUGGAGUACCGACCGUAGAGAUGAAACGAUCGGGUCAGCCUCCCCGUUUAUUGAACUCGGAGGAAAUUGAGAAAAUGAAAUUUGCGUGCAGGCUUGGUCGAGAAGUGUUGGAUAUUGUAGCGGCGAUGGUACGGCCGGGUGUGACCACUGAUGAAAUAGAUGCUGUCGUUCACCAAGCUACGAUCGACCGCAACGCAUACCCGUCACCCUUGAACUAUCGUAAUUUCCCGAAAUCCGUCUGCACCUCCAUCAAUGAAACCAUAUGUCAUGGCAUCCCUGAUCGCAGGAAAUUGCAAGAAGGUGACAUCAUCAAUCUCGGUUUUCAUGCCGACUUGAAUGCCACAUACCCCGUCGGUGAAAUAGACGAAGACUCCAAGAAAUUGAUUCGAACCACUCGACAAUGUCUCGAUGAAGCGAUUAAGAUGUGCAAACCGGGUGCAUUGUUCCGUGACAUCGGCAAAGUUAUCGAGCCAAUUGCACGUGCCAACGGAUGUGCUGUCGUACGGUCGUACACAGGUCACGGCAUUAACGACUUAUUCCACACGGCCCCUAACAUUCCACACUACGCAAAGAACAAAGCAAUCGAACCGCCGAACCUCAUGCACGGUUACAAUCAGAUGAUCAACUUGGGUUCCAAUUGGGACACAUACCAUUGGCCCGACAAUUGGACUGCUACCACAGUGGAUGGGAAACGGAGCGCUCAAUUUGAGGAAACCUUACUUAUCACAGAGACUGGUGUAGAAGUUUUGACUGCGGGGAACACGGAUCUGUAGCUUGUCAUUAUCAUUGCCAAGCAUGCAUUCAGGAUAUAUGUACUUAUAUGUUCUGGUCAGUUUUCUUCCGUCACACUCCGCUCCAAAAUAUUCCCUUCAGCGGCGAGGCACGUCGAAGCCAUCUCGAGAUCGACUGAAUGAACUCGGACUUUUACGGAUGUGACAUGUGUACCCUUAUCUUUCCUCGUUUCCCCUUACGGAAAAAUAUCGUUUCGUCUUUCAGUAU